CGAAAGAAAGCACAUCUUGUUUCUCAACAGUCAUCAAUGCUUUGUCGGACCUCCUCCAUUUGCAUCCACACUUUUCACCAGCUCUUCUUCUCUUCUUCAAAUCGCUCUCCUUCUCUCCCCCUCUCUCUCUCUCUCUCUCUCUCUCUCUCUCUCUCUCUCUGUCUCUACAUAGUUAGAUACAUAGAUAUAUAAAAGGUUUUGAUAUUGAGGGUGUGAGAAUUAGGGGUUUGGCAAGAUGACGAUGAAUGAGCGGAAGACAAUUGACCUAGAGCAAGGAUGGGAAUUUAUGCAAAAGGGGAUAACUAAGCUGAAGAACAUCCUAGAAGGAUUGCCUGAGCCACAGUUCAGCUCUGAGGACUACAUGAUGCUCUAUACAACCAUUUACAACAUGUGUACUCAGAAACCACCUCAUGACUACUCCCAACAACUGUAUGACAAGUACCGUGAGUCUUUCGAAGAAUACAUUACUUCAACGGUAUUGCCAUCUUUAAGAGAGAAGCAUGAUGAGUUUAUGUUGAGAGAGCUUGUGAAAAGGUGGGCAAACCAUAAAGUUAUGGUAAGGUGGCUUUCUCGUUUCUUCCACUACCUCGACCGUUACUUUAUUGCUCGGAGGUCACUUCCACCCCUGAAUGAAGUUGGACUCACUUGCUUCCGUGAUCUGGUCUACCAGGAAUUAAAUGCUAAAGUGAGGGAUGCUGUAAUAUCUCUGAUUGACCAAGAGCGUGAAGGAGAGCAGAUUGACCGAGCUUUACUAAAGAAUGUUUUGGAUAUUUUUGUUGAGAUUGGGAUGGGGCAAAUGGAUUACUAUGAGAAUGACUUUGAAGUGGCCAUGCUUAAAGAUACAGGUUCUUAUUAUUCCCGUAAGGCAUCAAACUGGAUAUUAGAAGAUUCUUGUCCAGAUUAUAUGUUAAAAGCUGAGGAGUGUUUAAAACGAGAGAAAGAUAGGGUUUCACAUUACUUACACUCAAGUAGUGAGCCAAAGUUGCUUGAGAAAGUUCAAUACGAGCUGUUGUCUGUAUUUGCAAACCAACUGCUUGAAAAAGAGCACUCUGGGUGCCAUGCGCUGCUUAGGGAUGACAAGGUGGAAGAUUUAUCACGAAUGUUCAGGCUCUUUUCUAAAAUUCCUCGAGGCUUAGAUCCUGUUUCCAGCAUAUUUAAGCAGCACGUUACUGCCGAAGGUACAGCUUUGGUCAAACUAGCUGAAGAUGCAGCAAGCAAUAAGAAGGCAGAGAAAAGGGAUGUUGUUGGUUUACAAGAACAGGUUUUUGUAAGGAAGGUUAUUGAGCUGCAUGACAAAUACUUGGCAUAUGUGAAUGAUUGUUUCCAGAAUCACACCCUUUUCCACAAGGCGCUGAAAGAAGCUUUUGAAGUCUUCUGCAAUAAGGGAGUUGCUGGAAGUUCUAGUGCAGAACUAUUAGCCACCUUUUGUGAUAAUAUUCUUAAGAAAGGCGGGAGUGAGAAACUAAGUGAUGAAGCCAUUGAGGAAACACUUGAGAAGGUGGUAAAGCUGCUUGCUUAUAUUAGUGACAAGGACUUGUUCGCGGAAUUUUAUAGAAAAAAGCUUGCACGGCGUCUUCUAUUCGAUAAGAGUGCUAAUGAUGACCAUGAGAGAAGCAUUUUGACCAAGCUGAAGCAGCAAUGUGGUGGCCAGUUCACCUCAAAGAUGGAGGGGAUGGUAACGGAUUUGACAUUAGCACGGGAAAACCAAACCAGUUUUGAAGAGUAUCUAAGCAAUAAUCCGAAUGCAAAUCCGGGGAUUGACUUGACAGUUACUGUUUUAACUACCGGGUUCUGGCCAAGUUACAAGUCCUUUGAUUUGAAUCUUCCAGCAGAGAUGGUUAAGUGCGUUGAAGUUUUUAGGGAAUUCUAUCAAACAAAAACAAAGCACAGAAAACUUACAUGGAUUUACUCAUUGGGCACUUGUAACCUUAUUGGGAAAUUUGAACCCAAAACCAUGGAGCUGAUUGUGACAACCUAUCAGGCUUCUGCAUUGUUGCUUUUCAAUUCUUCUGAUAGAUUGAGUUAUUCGGAGAUCAUGACUCAAUUAAAUUUGACCGAUGAUGACGUUGUUAGAUUGCUUCAUUCUUUGUCAUGUGCAAAGUAUAAGAUUCUAAACAAAGAGCCAAAUACAAAAUCUAUAUCUCCUACUGAUUACUUUGAAUUUAACUCCAAGUUCACUGACAAGAUGAGGAGGAUCAAGAUUCCUCUUCCUCCUGUGGAUGAGAAGAAGAAAGUAAUUGAAGAUGUUGACAAGGAUAGGCGGUAUGCUAUUGAUGCCUCAAUUGUGCGCAUCAUGAAGAGCCGGAAAGUUUUAGGCCACCAGCAACUGGUUCUGGAAUGUGUUGAGCAGUUGGGUCGCAUGUUCAAGCCUGACUUCAAGGCAAUUAAGAAACGGAUUGAAGACCUGAUUACAAGAGACUAUCUGGAGAGGGACAAAGAUAAUCCUAAUUUGUUCAGAUACUUGGCUUAACAUGGCCUGGUCGGUCGGUUAUCCAUGAAUAAUGAAGUGGUGACUACAGAUGCUGCAAUUUGCACCAAAAGAAAGACUGCACACAGUUGAAGUAGCUCAAGAAAUUACAUAUAAAUGGCAUUAAUUGAGUGCCCCUUUCGGUGAUUUCAUAGAAGCAGGGGCUGAGGCUGAUUGUACAUUUUGCCUUCAGAGCCCAGGUAUGAACUACUUCUGUAGAUUGUGCACCCAUGUCGGAGAACUGUAAUUGAUUCCAUAAUGAGGUCCGAUGCCAGUACCGAUAGGACCAUUCUGUAUCUUGUCUUUUUAUUACUGCAAGUUCAUUGCAUCACUUGGUGCCUGUUUGUUAAUUAUUUCCUUGCUGCACCCAUUGGAAGAAGAGAAAGAUGUAAUUUGAUUUUACUUGCAUUAUGUUUUGAUUGCCAGUUUUAGAAACUAUCAAGAGAAUGAUUGGUUUUGAAUGUGGACAUCAUAGUUCCUGCAUUUUGUGUAUAUUCUUUUUCAAAUGGAACACUGGAUUCCUUUUCUUUAA